CCGAUCCGCUCGUCGCUUUGUCUCUCCGCGCGUGUCAUGGUAGUGAUUUGGGCGGACAUGACUAUGGAGCUUGCCGUGUUUGCUUACAGCACGUCCUGCACGAUACGUGACAGCUCCUCGAACUGCAGUUUAUGUCAAGCGUACAACUUGCCCCAUGAUUACAAGUAGUCAAAGGCCUGAACUAUAAACAUGAGGAGCAGGAGCAACUCUGGCGUCCGCCUGGACUAUUACCAUCGCCUGCUGUACCGCACCAUCCUGAACUAUCAGGAUCCCGUCACUGGGCUGAUUCCGUCGCAGAAAUACGAGAACCAUGCAUGGGUGCGUGACAACGUCUACUGCGUGGUCUCAGUUUGGGGGCUGUCCAUGGCCUACAAGAAGAAUGCGGAGCUCGACGAAGAUCGUGCCAAGGGGUAUGAGCUGGAGCAAAGCUGCGUCAAGCUUAUGCGCGGUCUGCUCAUGGCCAUGAUGAAGCAGAAAGACAAGGUUGAACGCUUCAAGGAGAGCCAAAGCCCCGCAGACAGCCUUCAUGCCAAGUACAGCUCUGUGACAGGUAGCACCUGUGUCAGCGAUGGAGAGUGGGGUCACUUACAGUUAGAUGCUACAUCUGUGUACCUUCUGGUGCUGGCGCAAAUGACAGCAUCUGGACUCCAGAUUGUGUUCAGCCUCGACGAGGUGGCAUUUGUACAGAACUUGGUGUUUUACAUAGAGAACGCUUAUUGCAUUCCGGACUAUGGCAUAUGGGAACGGGGUGAUAAGACAAACCACGGACUUCCAGAGCUCAAUGCCAGCUCGGUGGGGGCUGCCAAGGCUGCCUUGGAGGCCUUGAAUGAACUAGACUUGUUCGGCGGAAGAGGGGGACCACCUUCGGUCAUCCACGUGCUUCCAGAUGAGGCCCAGAAGUGCGACGCAGUUCUUAACUCAAUGUUGCCACGAGAGUCAAGUUCUAAAGAAGUGGGUGCAGCGUUGCUAACUGUGAUUGGUUUUCCAGCAUUUUCCAUCACUGACCCAGAACUAAUUGAGACGACACGCCUGGCUAUUAUCGAAAAAUUGCAGGGCCACUAUGGCUGCAAGAGGUUUCUUCGGGAUGGCUACAAGACUGCGAGAGAAGAUUCUCGGAGGUUGCACUACGAACCCUGGGAACUGAAAGCAUUUGACAACAUCGAGUGCGAAUGGCCUCUUUUUUUCUGCUACAUGAUCAUAGAUGCCUGCUUUCGGGGUGAUAGUGGUAUGGUGGAUGAGUAUGCUGGAAAGUUGGAACAGCUUAUGAUAAGGACCGAGGAAGGUCUCAGGCACAUACCCGAGAUGUACGGUGUACCAGCAGACAAAGUGCAUCUAGAGUCUGAGACUCCCCACAGCCAGGCCAGGGUGCCAGUUGGGCAGGUCCCAUACAUGUGGUCUCAGUCUCUGUUCAUACUGGGUCGUCUUUUGCAGGAAAGGUUUCUUGCACCUGGUGAAUUGGACCCAUUGAAUCGUCGCCUGUGCUCCUUGAAACGGCCAGAAGUGGUAGUUCAGGUCGUUUUGCUGGCCGAAGAUCCUAGCCUUCAAGAAAAGCUCUCAGCUAUCUGUGAAGACAUUCAAACUGUGAGUGAAGUGUGCCCUUUUGAAGUGCAGCCUGCUCGUGUGUUGGGGGAACUUUAUUCUUAUCUAGGCCGAAACCAAAAGCUUGGUCUCAAGGGUCGUCCAACCAAAGAUGUGGGCCUGCUGGCCACUAGCAAGGUCUACUUGCUCCAGGAUCGACUGUUUGUCUUCUCACCGCAGAACUUAGACAGUGAGGAAUUCCACUUAGUAAAUGAUGUGGACCUUUUUGCAGACACCAUUUGUUCAAACAUUUCUGUGCUGCGAUCGCACUGGAACAUCCUUGGACGACCAACGAUGGUUGUGACACUUCAGCAAAGACAGCUGGUGAAUGGAAAGGUCCCACUUAGCCUGCGCCAGACAAUAAAAAAAUUGUCUAGCGGCUACCUAAAUGGCACGAGAGUCUGUUUAGGCAAGCUCGGUGAUUUUAUCAGCACCUCCUGCAUUGCUAGUCUUGACUUCUUGAGGGACUAUGAAAAUGGCAAUCCUGACAGCUUGCCAACAGAAGUGCGAGACUACCUUGACCGUGAAAUGCGGCGCACUUGGCUCAAUCGUCCCGGGGCCAUCAUGCACGAUCCUUUGCGAAUGGGCAUUCCAAGUGCUCGAUCCCGAAAAUCUGGAAUCGCAGGUCUUCUGAAGCGCUCGCGCUCAAUCACCAGUCGAGAUGGUUUCGACCCGGAGUUCAACACGUUCAUGCCAUCAUACCCCACCACAACUUCCAUCACACCUCACCGUACGUCUCUCGAAGAGCAAGUUCCACUCCGAGCAAUGUCAGAGUUGCAUCUCGACCACGUUGCAGAGUGGGAGUUGCUGACAACCCUACGCGAGACUGAUUCGCUCGAGGAGCAAGGGGACAUUCUCCACUAUCUCUCUGUUCACAAGGGCCUCAACUGGGACACAGGACUUGGCCAGCCUCACUCGGUAGUGACAGUCAAGGACCUCUUUCAGGACUUCUACGAACGGACCUGCCGGGAACACAAGUGGGGGCUGGUACGACACUUUGCGAGCUGCCUCGGAAAGCGAGUCGAAGAUCUGGCCAAGUCUGUGACCGAUCUGCUGGUGCGCCAGAAGCAGGUUACGGUCGGCAUGCCUCCGCACCACGAGGAGGUCAUCAAUCGGCCGUUGUCAACCAAGGAGCUGCGAAUCAUCAUCGCGCGUGCCCACAGGAACGACCAAAGCACGGCCAUGCUAACGCAGGAGCUGCUUGCCUAUUUGGCCAUGUUCAUACGCACCGACCCGCACCUGUUCACCGAGAUGCUGAGCCUGCGCGUUGGCCUCAUCAUUCAGGUCAUGGCUGCAGAGCUGGCACGUGCCUCAAAGUGCUCGGCACACGACACGGCCGACCUGCUCCUCAACCUCAGCCCCUUUGAGAUGAAGUCACUUCUGCAGAAUAUCCUGAGUGGCCGAGAGCUGGCUGCUGUGAAGAGCAUAACGGCAGUGAGUCCAGGAAGCUUCGCCGCCAAGUGCAGUGUUGUAGAUACCUUUGUUCAUGGAGACGAUGAAGACGAUUCACAGGUGUCCGACCGCCAGGGCCAGUGGCUGCGCCGCCGGCGCCUUGACGGGGCCCUGAACCGCGUGCCUGUUGGCUUCUACUCCUGUGUGUGGCGCGUGCUGGAGCGCUGUCCCGGAGUCUGGGCAGGCGGCCACUGUCUUCAGCAAACGCUCACCCGAGAGAUGACUCCUGGGGAGCUCAAGUUUGCACUCCGCGUCGAAGACAUACUGAACAAGGUUCCCGAGCCCGAGUACAGGCAGAUGCUCGUGGAAGCGCUCAUGGUUCUUAACCUCGUCGUCGAGAAUGAAGCCGUGACCAAUUUCAGCAUGCCCAUCGACAUAGAGACCAUCGUCCGAAGGGCACACGCCCUGUUCCUCGAGGACCAGCGUGUCUGCCGAGGGAAUUCGACACUGUGCUGCGCAGGCAGCGCUCCCAUUGUUGCCUGUUGUCGCACGGCGGGGCUCUGUCAGCAUUUCCUCGACAGCGCACCCAGUGGCUGCUAUGGUACCAUGACUUACCUGGUUCGUUCAGUGGCUUACACGCUCCGCGACCUCCCGCAGUCGGUCCUGGAGUGUCCACUCUCAUGAAGUCUCGCUCAACGCCCACAGGAACGAGGCCUUAUCUAGAGAAGGUCACACUAAGUGUUACGUUUGUGUCUGCAGGAAUGUUCACCUGUCUAUUUAGUGUUAUGUUGUCACGUGUACACGGGGUCAACAAAUCCAAAAGAAUUUCUUUUCACUUCCCACUUGUAGUCUUUUCACACAGAAAUCAUGUAUGGUGAUAUUGUUUGGUAUUCAUUUUGCACUUCUAUGCAUGAGUUGUCAAUGUUUGUCUGUUGUUUGCACUCUGGGCUGAAAUUCAGUGUUGAUCACUGUAAUCUGCAACUGAACCAUUGCAAAAAUGGGCAUGUCUUGAAGCCAAAAACUUUAGAUAGCUCACAGGAACGGUCCUACGAUGAGUAGCCGUCAUGAGUUACGAGAAGUAGCGUAACCAUGGUCGCAGCUAGGGGAGUGCAAGCUCUACAUUUGCUUCAUCUUUGCAGCACACACUUCAGUAGUCUACUGCUGAGAACGGGACCCUUGCCACCGCUAUCUUUGCUGCAGGAGUGCUAUUUGUGCUGAAGACAUCCGCGCCACUACACCUCUAACCUUUUUCUGUCCUAUCCACUGUUCUCCCAUUUCCCCCUCCUGCUGGGACUGCACCGUGUUCCCUACCGGGCUGCAAAAAUUUUCCUCUAAUUACCACCAGCACCACUUUAAUAAACUUUUUUUCAAGUGACGUUCAUCUCACUCUGGCCAAAGUAACAUGAUCACCCAAGCGCCUGACGGCUGGAGACACACAGCUACGCAUUCGCUGCAUCUUUGCAGUGUUCGCGUGAUGUAAAGUGCUUAUAACGAGGUGGCUUUUGUCUUGCGUUGUCUGUAGCAAAUGCAUGAAAGACCUUGUUAGCUUUUUGACAUUGUUUCUUCCAUUUUUGCUGCUCAAGCCUCUGAAUACACAGCUGCCACACUCAACUUAUGAAAUCUUCAUAAUUUGGUACAUGACAUAUGCACCUGCAGUUGCCUCCAGAGGUAUUCAUUAUGCCUCUAUAAGCAAAGCUAGCACAGCAGUACAUUAGGUUUCAAGCUUUCAAGUAUAGUAUAGGCAGUAUGCUAUGUUACUCAGGUAUCCAGACUUCAGAUGCUCUACGAUCAUCACUUGUGCAUUUUCUCUUUUUUUUUUUUUUGAGACCUGUGCACGCGAGGUAUCUGCAUGCCUCUUUGUUGCUAAUGCCUUAUUUGCAUAUUUAAUGGUAACAAUGUUAAUAGUACCACGAUUUGAACACCAUAUAUCAAGAAGGGGCUGGUCAGUAUUAAAAAGCUAUUGUAAAUACAAUCUCUUAGAUUUGCCUCUUUCGCUUUUUAAUUCACAUUUAUUUUCUAGAAUCACUAUUUGCAAACCCCUACAAGGUUCGUGUAUUUUUUCCUUUAUAUUCAAUGAGCAGAGAUAUUUGCAGAAGUCUUUACAUUCUUACAAAAAAAUUUUCAUUUAUCGAACAGUGCACUUCUGUUCUCUCUUCCUUGACAAUGCCUGGGAUAACUGAAACUUCUCUGACUAUAGCCAUUGCUGCACACGCUUCUGCCAUCGUCCUUCAAACACUGCUCCAUUUCCUGUAAGCUACCGCUGCAUUUAGCACUACUCUUACAUUCCUUCACGAUUCAUGUCGGAUACACUCGGCACCAUAUGCUUUAGAAUUUGUGUGUACUUUAGUGGAUAGCUUUAGUAAAGCUAGGCAAUCAUGUUUUCUGCUGCUUAAAAUCCAUUAUUAUAACUUUUGUGGAGUUGCCAGACAUUUACUGCACGCAUGUGAGCAAGACAGGUGAAAGGCACUAGGGGUCGGGAGCGUCGCUCUUCGUAAGAACGGUUACACGAUUCCCGCUGUUCGAAUAGUCCAAGGAAGUGCACCUUUAUGAGCACCUUUUUGUAAUGCCCAAAUUGGCAUUUCUUGAUGUGUGCGAAACUGUGAAGCAUCGUCUAAUUUCAAUAUGCAAGAGGGAUUAUCCUGUUCCCCAAGUGCUUUAGCGGUGGUGAUGUUACGCCUGAACAGGGUGGAAGUCCGCCUGGAGCUUGUCGACUUGCCCAGGAAUGUCUUUCUGAGCAUGCCGGAAAAUGGUUAAGCGCUACGUUUGAUGCCGCCGGAAACGUUCUUAUUCCUUGACAGAUUGUCGCAGUGUGCUGUAUGGACAGAAAAGAAGCCACUGGUGGCUUGAGAAUUGUGAUUCAAGAAAUAUAUUAUGGAUAUAGUCCCCUUGCAUGUUUGAUGACAUUUGGGUGGAGAGAACUAGGUUAUUUUGUCAAUAAGAAAUGAGAGCCUGGCUUCUUCUUUUUUAAGAUUGCUUUCUGGUCAUGGAAUCAACACUCUUGUGCAUGAUAGAACAGAUUCCACGAACGGUUCACUGAUUUGACUACUUCCAUGUGGCAUAAGUUAUCCUGUUAAGUUUUUAUUUCCUUUUGUGGUAAUCACUGGUUUCUGUUUGUAUGUGCGUGUGUGAGUGCGUGUUUAGCAUUGGCCAAACAUCCCUGGCAAUGUGUUAGCAUGUUUGCGUAUCGGCACAUGUAUCAUUGGUAGCACAAGCAUGCCUAUAAACGUACAUGCCCAACAAACACAUUAGGGCAUGGUGUUAGUGGGACCAGAGUGCCUUUGAGUUAUUCCAGUGCUACACUGUACAAGCAUGUUGCUAGUGUGCUCAACUAGUCUCGUUGUACUCUGUCUUUGCUGUAAUUGUAUGUGUGUCUGUGCUGUGAGUGAAUCUUUCCGAUGUGGCAUUUUCUGUCAACAUGACGCCUGAACUUGCAACGUUUCUGCAGUGUUUUAACAAGCGUUUGUCACUUAUGUUGCGCCGCUUUGCACUUCUGCAGCUCACAAGACAAAUCGUAUGUUCCUAAACGUGCCCAACGGCCAUGACGAUCGUGUGAUUUUCUACUUAUGGGACCCUGUGAAAACAUUGCAGCAGUGUUGCUGCAAUGUCAUGAAAUGUAUUAAAAGUGUGCAUGCAAAAAACACCUCACCUUCAUGUUUUAGUAUUAUUCCAGUCAUACGCUGUCUUUUAUCUUUGAGUGAAUUUCAAAAAUCUUCAGAAGAAUGUGGAGGAAACAAGGAAAUGGACAGAAAAAACUAGACUUACAAUUGAAAUGUUUCAAACAAAGUUCUAAAGGCUGUCCAUUGUGUGCUGACUAGCAAUAGCCCUUCAUUUCGCCUAUACAGUUUAUCUAAAUGUGUGAUAAUGAAGGUAUAAACAUGGCCCAGCAAUAAAGCCAAAACGUUCGUGAGGCA